AGAGUAGAAACCGCCUAAACCAGCAAUACCCGCUGGUUCCUACGGCAGCCACUCCCCCUCUGUACCGAAAUGGACUCGCCUGCUCUUUAAGCGGAGAAGCCGGGGAAAGGGGGGCGGCUCGAUUGCAACUAGGGGAGGAGAAAGUUGCUGUGCGCAAGGAGGGCUUUGCAUGCAAGCAGAGAAGGCGGAGUUAGUAGCUUGGGCGCCUUGUUGCUAUGGGGAGACUGCGAGGGAGGCGGCGGCGUUGUGCUGCUGCUGCGCAGGGCAAGGAAAACCAGAGGCAGCCGCAAGCGGCAGCAGCUGCUGAUCUCUGACAUAUUUCCCCUUAUUACUGCUGCUGCUGCUGCCAUAUUGUGGCCACCCCCCCCCUCUCUCUCCCCCUUCCCAAGCUUCAUGAGUACAGCCAAGAAGAUUCAAUGGGUCCAGUAACUGGAAUGACUCCUGAUAAGAAAGGUGAAACGCCUGGAGCAGAGAAGACUGUAGGGCUAAGGCACAUUCAAAGAAUGGGAAGCCUGCCAGAGGCGGGAGAUGCUGCUCGACCAAAGGCCACGGCUGUGGAUAGUGACCUGGCUGACGAUGAGCUCACAAACUUGAACUGGCUGCAUGAAAGUACAAACCUGCUAACAAACUUCAGCCUCGGAAGUGAGGGUCUUCCAAUGGUCAGUCCUCUCUAUGACAUUGAGGGUGACAACAUGCCAUCUUAUCCUUCAUCCUGCUACGCAAACCCAGAGAAGAAAUCUGCUACUUCCAAGCCUCCCUAUUCCUUUAGCCUUCUAAUCUACAUGGCCAUUGAACAUUCUCCUAAUAAGAGCUUGCCUGUGAAAGAAAUCUACAGCUGGAUCCUGGAACGUUUCCCAUAUUUUGCUACAGCACCUACUGGAUGGAAGAACUCUGUCCGGCAUAAUCUUUCCCUGAACAAGUGUUUCCGGAAGGUGGAGAGAAGCCAUGGCAAAGUGAAUGGGAAAGGCUCCUUAUGGUGUGUGGACCCAGAAUAUAAGCCUAACCUUAUACAAGCUCUGAAGAAGCAACCUUUCCCCUCUGCAUUUGCAUUUUAUACCCCACCGGCAUCACCAUUGAGUGGUUCAUCAUCCCCUCACUACUUAACCUCAGUCUUGAAACAGAGUCAGGGUCAGUCUAUCAAAGACUCUGAUAUCGAUGCUGCUACUGCCAUGAUGCUGUUGAACACUUCUAUUGAACAAGGCAUUUUAGACUGUGAGAAGCCUCAGAGCCUCAAGCUCUCCAAGAAAAGGAACUACGGCAGCGCGUUCCAUAGCCACAGUAUGGCAAGCCAGCAGGAGACCAAUUCCACAGUCCCCAGUAUUGACCCAAAGGAGGAUCAUAAUUACAGUGCCAGCAGUGUGGCUUCUCAACGUUGUGCAUCAUUGUCAAGCGUGUCUUCCUUGUCUUCCAUCGAUGAGGUGUAUGAAUUCGUCUCGGAGGCUAGCAGGGCUGGGAGUGACGGUAGUGAAGGGUUCCACAGCGAGGAAGACACAGAUGGCGAUGAUGAGGAAGACGACGAUGACCCACUAGUGGACAGCGGUUACACUUCCCAGCCGUGUGUCGAUCCUUCUGAUAAGAACCAACCUCACAAAACAGCCCUGGAAGAGCUUUGCCAAGAAAUAGAUGAGGAACUGAAGGAGGCUGCCGGGUCUCUGCUUCACUUAGCUGGGAUCAGCACAUGCCUGGGCUCCCUAAUAAGUACUGCAAAGACCCAUAAUCAGAAACGAAGGAAAAAAGAAUAAUGACACGAUGUGAAAAAAUAUGUAUAGUGAUAGAUUUAAAACACAUAUUUUACUUUUUAGCGUGGCAAUACUCCUCUACUUUUUACCCUUCACAAGGGGGAUCAAAGCCAUAAAAGGACUUUUUUGUUUGUCUUUUAAUUUUUGCAGAUUAUAAUUUUGGUGAUUUUUUAAUUUAAUUUUUUUAUUGCAAGGUGGCAGUGGUGGGUUUUAGCUAUUGAGAAACUUAUUUAAUUGUGCAGGACAGGUGGUGAGGAGAGAAGCCCCCCCCAAUAAUGAUUUAUAGCGGAGUUGAGUAUUUUGGAUUUCCACCAGAGCAGCUGGAUUCUCACGAGUGAUGCUGGCUAUAUCAUCUCAUGCUAAAAGUGAAAACGUGCAUCUUGUCUUAUGUGGAAGGUCUUUUGGAGAAGUGACGCUUGAAGGAUACAGAUGGGUCUCUUAACUGUCUUACAUAUGCAUAAGGUGGAGAAUGUGGAAUUCUGCCCCUGUCCAGCCUCUUGGCCUCCCUGAUUUUCACAUAGUAGGUCACAGGCCUCAUAGCCAUCAAAAUCAGGAGGUCACGGUCAGAUUGGACCUGUACCAGUUGUCUCCUGCUCACAUGGGGAUUGACUCCACAGAUCUGUUUUACCAGUAGAGGCACUUUACUCUGAUGGAAGGGAGCUUUUCCCUGGUUCAGGCCUCUUGCAUUGUCAGGCUCCUUCUGCUUGAGUAAAGCACUUCCAUUAGUGGUACAAAGGAUAUGUGGAAUCAGUCCCCAUAUGUGUGGGAGGCAGCAUGUACAGAAUCAUGCCAUGGAUGCCUCCUUCUUCAAGCACAUUGUUGCCAAAUAGAUUUUGAAGAUGGAGCAGGCAAUUCCAAUAAGCAGACACAAUCUCUGUCAUUUUCUCUCUUGUUUGUGGGCUUGUGUGUCACUAGAGCAGCGUCUGUGUUGGAUUAUGGAAAUUAGUAACAUAGAUGCCACUUCAGGUGUUCUGUUCUGUGUUCUGUUGGGCUUGCCACCUUUCUCGCCUUGUUUUUAUUGUUAUGCAGUUGCCUCAUGUGCAAAAAGUCAGUGGUCCAUGAUAAUCUGAAUAGUACAAAACUGCCACCAUGGGUCACUUCCCAAGCUGUGUUACUUGAUACCUGAAAUGAUCAUGUAGGAGAAAAAAAUGGAACAUGUGAACUUUAAUAUUUUUGAAAGAGAGUUUCAUCAUGAGUCUCCCAACUUCUUUUGCAUAGAAUUUCCCUCCUGGAUGUGUACCAAAAAAUAAGCUGGUUCCUUUUCUCAAUUUUUUUUUUUAUUUUUAGAUUGAGAACAUGCAUAUUUAUUUUCAAACCUAAGGCUCUUCUUGCUGUCUUGAUACCUACAUUAAGUGAAAUAUUGUGAUGGGUUCAUUGUAAAUUAUUAUUUCAGAGACCAUUUGGGCUUGCAUGUUCAGGCAGAGAGAUCAAACAGGGGUGAUGUUCUUCUGAGUUAAAGUAGCCAGCUGACUUUGUCCCAGUUCUUGCUAUGAUGGCAAACUUGUGUCAGGACUGUACCACUUCAUACUACAGGCUACAUCAUGUGGUUGAGUGCCCUUCUGGACAUCAAAUUCCUUCCACACGGGAAACCAGAUAGCAAAGAGGAAGGGUUAUAGCCUACCCUUCCUUUUGGCAUGCUAGGUUUCUGUGUAAGUAAUGUUUUUUUCAUGGGGGAGCAGUUUGAAGUGGGUUGGCUCAGACAUAGCAAGAACUAGGAUUUUAAAAGAAAACUUGCCAAAUGAGUUCUUGUGCUGCUUGAAAGGCUUGACUGUUCCUUUUUAACUUGCUGCAUGCUUCCAUUUUGCACUGCACUAACCUAACUUCCCUUGAAGAACUGGUAUAUAAAAUGCAGCCAUAAGGGGCACCAUUUGAAGAGUAUGAAUGCAUAUGCCUGUUAAGACACUGAAGGGGGCUAAGAUGAUCAGUGUUGUUCAGUUCAAGCACCCUCCAUCUUUCUUACAUGUCAAUGACACUGGGGGUGAAAUUCUGACCCCUUUUAAAAUCAAUAGCGCUUUUGCCAGUGACAGCAUAGUAAUGUGUGUAGCUGUGUCACUUGAAGAGUGAGGUUCGCAAAGACUAAUGUCGCCGUGCAUCUUAUCUUGCCUUACACAGAAGGCAUAUGUUGGUCUUUACUAUGGGAGAUUUAGCCAUGAUAGCACUGCUCUCUAUAUUCAUUAUCUCAGCAACAAUACAUCACUUGUAAUUUUUCCAAAUGGCCCAAGAUUUGAAACAUGGCUACACACAACAGUGUUUUAGAGACAUGGAAAUGUAUUAAGAGAAUGUGGAAAGAAACAACACCCCUCUUUGAGAGAAGACCUGAGUAGGGCCUGUUUUCAGAAGUGGCAGGGAGAUCUUGUGUUUACGCAUUUGCAGCCAUUACCAAUAGCAGGUGGGCUUGCAUACAGAGUUACAGUAUAAGUUGCAGUCUUUAAAAAAAUAGUUGUGGUGUUGCUACCUCAGUGAGCUGCAAAGUCUGGCACAAGCUUCUUCUGUUUUGCCAGACCCAACAGUGCAGCUGGAAGCUCAGCAAGUGCAGCUGGAAGCUCUAUUCCUCUGGGAAUAGAGGAACAAUCUUUGCCUGUGGGAUAGGCAGUCUGCUGCUCAAAGGCAAAUGUGUAGUCCAGUUAAGCUCUUUAUCCCCAGUUUCUUGUAUGGAAGUUCAUGUGUAUGAGUUCAGGGUCAGAUGAGCUGCACAAGCACAUUCAGUUUCUGAAACAAGCCAUCUGUUGAUGUUCCUUAAGGGUAGUGUGGGAAAUGGCAUCUGAAAGGGGAUUGCAGUGUUGCCCUUCUAGUGGGUUUGUAGUCUGCACUGGCAGAAUCCAUCAGGGGCUUUUCCUGUUGAAGCCCUGUUGAGAUAACCCUGGCUGUACUCUUGAGCAACUUCUUGUACUUUCAUGGGGUACUUUCACAGGUAAUGUUUGUGAAUGGUUGGGUGCAGGGGUCCACUGUGUCCUGUAGUUCUGAGAGUGAAUGCUUCAUAUUAAUAAUAAUCUAAGCAUCAAGUAUUGUCUCAUAUGCCUGGUUUGGAGAGGCAGCUUGAAGUGCCAUUGAAUCUUCACAUUAUUUUCCAGUGAGGUUGUAGACUGCUAUGGCCCACUCCAUGGGCAGGGGAACCUGCUCCAAAUUGCAGUGAGCCAAACCAGUUUUUGCAAAGCAGAAUGAAGCUAAAAUCUGGCCAGUAACAGAGAUUCUCUGUCUUAUUACUGAUGGACAAGUAUUAGAUGGUCAGUAUUUUAUUUUUUUAAAAUAUCACUGCCUCUUGUUGAAUACUGCUUCCUUAUACCCCGGUAGAAAUCCUUCCACUAUAAGCCUAUAGCUGUUCUUUAGACUCCCAAUCCGUUGGCCAUGAUUCAGUGGGCACAGCUAGGACUUUCCUGUUACCAGCUCUGGAACAGUGUGCAUUGGCAGUAGAAAGAGCCAAGUCUGCAGGUAGUAUGUUUGAUCAUAAUUACCACCUAUCUGACAAUAUCUGCAGAUAUUCUCCGUAUGGACUGGCCUUAGGGUUCCAAGGCUCCAUGUAGCAUUUUGAGUGUUUCAGAUCAAAUCUUUGCUAAAAUGGUAGCAAAUUGUAAAUGAUUCCACCUUGUAUUCACAUUGCUAGUACUAGAAAAAAAAUCUUGAAUGCAUGAAUGUUUGCACGCUCACCUGCUUGUACAUGACUCUUUCCAAUGUAAAGCUUAAAUAUGUUUUGUGCACAUUCUGUAUGUCUCCUUCUCCUAUUCAACCCAAAUACUUUGACUGACUGGCCAAAAUAAUUAUCUGCCUGCUGAAAGUGCUUUUAGACUAACUUCCCUUCUGUUGAUAUUGUUCCCAGAUCAGCCACAAGUCAACAUGGGUAAAGGUUUACAUCUAUAUCUAUUUGUUAGUCAGACUUAGGCAGGUGUGUGUGUGCACAUGUAUGUUUUGGCCAUAGAGAUUAAUUGAUGUAAUUAAUGGGAAAACAGCCAAGAUACUUUUAGAAAUAAUUAUUGUGUACAUCGUAUCACUCAACAAAGCAGUAAAAUACAACAGCAGCAUAGUGGAAAAGUUAAACAAAAGCCUUGUAGAUUAAAAUGCUGGUUUUAAUACAGACGUUUUACUUGAUAAACAAAAAGGAUGCAGGAAAAGACAUUCUGGUGUUGUAGGUACUACCUAUAAAGAAGGACUCGGUCCAGUGGCCUUACAUUUUACCUCCCUAAAAGAUGGCACCUGGAGCAAAGCCCCAUGUCCUGCCAUCUGGGUAGUUCAUAUGGGAGAAGAAAUUCCCACAGAAGAACUGCACCCAGACCAUUUAAGGCGCUCACCCUGUGUCUGAACUUAAAAAUGGAGAUAGUAAAAGAAAUGACCUGUGUCAGAAUUUUCACCAUGAAUAUGCUUUGUGAGCCCCUCCUUUUAAAGACAAAUGGUACGUGAAGCGGUCUCUGGCUACUAAAGCUCAAAAUUAAUGUGAAUUCACCAUUCACCAGUGGACACAAACCUGUAUGUUUUGUGCAAAAUGCAACUUUUAAUUCCUGUAUGUUGUUGCUGACCAGAGAUGUCCCUCUGACUAGCAUUUGUCCAAAGUACAUGUUUUAAUAACUUGUGAUUGUGAAUUUUUUUUUAAGCAAUGCAAAUAACAGGACUGCUGUAUUUCUAAAAAAGUAUUUCUUUAGGUCUUGUAUAUCUUUGACAAGAACUACAUUUAGAUCUUGCUACAAUGGGCCAGUCUUGAAAAAGAGGCUGCUUCCCCACAACUUGAGUGUUCAGUCUUGUUGUUUUGCGUCUGACUUGAUAAGAGUUCUGUCUGGAGUCUCUUUCCCAAAAGAAAUUGGGCACGUGCAGUUCUCUCUCUCUCUCUCUCUCUGUCCUUCCUUCAUGAAUGCAGUGUUAGUGUCAUCUCCGUGCUAGAAAAUAUGUAGUACUUGUCGGCAUCAGUAGCAGUUUCCUUGAUUAUGAUUUCUGUAGUUUUCCACGUGUAAUGGCAAAGCAAUAAAAGCAUUAGAUGGGAAGAGACACUGAGAAAAUAAAACUCCUCUUAAAAUCCAAUUUGAAGGGCUGAAAUGGCGGCAGAACAAGAAGGCUGGCUCCCGCAACACUUGAGAGCCAGCUCACAGGUUAUGAAGAAUAGGGUGGUAGCAUUCUGCACUAUACUGCUUAAGCCUGCAAGUAGGAAGUAGUUUUGGCAUUCCCUUCUGUGGUGUGGGGGGGACUCCCCCCCAUCAAGAACAUUAGCACAUCAGGGAGAGAGGCUUACUGUAGCAUUUCCCCUAAUUUGUUAGUUUUCUGCAUCCAGGAACCAUUCUAAAAUGCAACCACACAGACCCUUGCCUGCAUUUUUGAAGUGGCUCAACCCAGAGUUUUAUCUCAUGCUGGGUAGUACCUAGAUCUGUAAGAUGAUAUGAAGCAAAAGCCUUUCAUACUUUUGUGGAGUUGCUUGCCUUGCAAAUGCUUUGGGGUAAAUUAGCAAAAAGCACUGCUACAUUAACAUUCUUGGCUGGUCAAUGCAGUUCUCCUGUCUGUACCAUUCCCACAAUGACUUUGCAGAAGAGUUACAUUGUUACAGAGGAAAAGUAUUGUAUGAAUUCAUGUUUGCUCUCUAGUGCUCAGCACUGGAGGUUUAAUAUUUCCUGUUGGCUACUGUAUUCUACAUUGUAACUCCAUUGCCUGUAUUCCCACAGAGCUGUGUGUGUCUUCCUGUGGCCAAAAUUCACACAGAGCUCUGUGGCCAAAUUUCACACAGAAAUCUUGAUUUUUUUCUCCAACGUAUUCCUGGUAUGCACCUCCACAGCUUGGUUUUGUAUCUGGUUAAGUCAUGCACAGACAGGACAUAUCCAGAUAAUGGUGGUGUUCCUGAUCUCCCCAAGAAUGACUGGAGUGACGGUAGGUGAGUCAAUGUGUCUUGAGUUGUAGAUUUGUGGUGAAUGGGGACUGUGCAUUUUUACCAGUUCUGUCUUCGCUAGCCCAAGCACUAAAACAAGGGCAGUUGUUUUCUGAACAGAUUUUAUUGUGGAAUAUUAAUGCCUUCCUAAUUUGUUCAAAGGUGCUCAUUUUUCCAAGUAUUUGUGUCUUGACCUUUUUUUCCUAAAUAAGAUGCAGUUACAUAUACUAUUAACAUACGGUACCUUCAACACUUCUUCUCUCAUGAGUAGUUAUGUCCAUCCCUAAGUUAAACUUAACAGUAACUACCAUAUUUUUGUAUUUCAUCCCUCUUUAUUUGAAUUGUUGAAGAGAUAAUCAGUAUUUUCAGAAACAGUAGAUCUUCCUGGGGCUUUGUUACUUUAGAAUUUGGGUGAGGAAACUGCAUGGUUGGAUGCUCUUUAUCCAUUUAACAUGAAGGUGAUAGGGUGCAGGUGAUGCUAGAACCCUUUCCCCUCCUUUCUACCUGCCUGUCUUCAGGCAAUUCUUUAGAGGGGGGAAACAUUCAAUCAUGCAGCCCCCUACCUGUAUUUAAAGUAGUAUAGUUUUCAAAUUAGUGUGUCACACACCACUUACUGAACACAGCUUAGCUCUUUGUUUUUUGUUUUACACAGGGGGGUAAGGAAGAGACAGUUUUAGAUGAACAAAACUACUUUAUGCAGGUAGAUUUAGGGGGAUUGAUAGUCAGUUCCUUUGGAGACAUAACUGUCAUUGGCUAAGUGAUGGCAUUGCAACGGUAACUGUUACCACUCUUUCAAGGAGUACACCUUUAGGGGAGAACUUUAAAAUAUUACAAUGCUGCUGCCGGCAAUGGCUUUCUCAUGUCAGCUGCUCUUCAUAAUGAAUAGAGUACUUACCUUGGGUCAGGCCCUUACAUCAUGUUUCACUGACCCAACUCCACAUCAUUAGCCACUGGUAGGGAUAACUAUGAGUGAGGUGGGUCUACAUGAUAUGGGGCAGAAAUGAUUCAUGAUGCCAUCGAUGGAAGCAGACUAGUGUAAAGUGUAGGCUAUGGCUUGGGUCUAACCUCCCUUUCUGCUCACUGACCCAUGGGGGCACAAUGACUGCAGGGGAAGGUGGGAAAAUAGCUGUAUAUAUUUUGCAUCUCUGCUUGUGCUGCAUAGGAUCCAAGCCUAGCAUUCUGCCCUUAGUGUGAUUUCAGGUUUGUUGUAUUUUAAGUUGGGGCUGGGAGGGAGGAAGGAUUUUUCAGUAAAUCAGAUCAUUCUGAAUCCUCAUUUUAGCAGGUAAAGGAUUAAAUGGAUCCUCCUCUGUCCUGAAAUAAACAUGGAAAGGUUUCCAAGAGAGACUUACCCUUCCUUGAGAUAAAUACAGACACUAGGCCUGUCCUAAUCUUUCUCUUUCAUAUUCCAGAGCUAAAUUAUAACUUCUGUGAGAAUUGCAGGCAAUCCUUUUUAGAAAACCCAACUUGGAACUUGUACAGCUUGCGGCUUCUUUGUCUGGCAAAAGCAAUGGCUUCGGUUAAAGCAAAGCACACCCCACAAUGCUAAUAAUGGGGUAGUCAAAAUAUUUAUUGCAAAAGAAGAGUAGAGUAUUUUUUAAAACAUUGUACCUGUCAUUUAUUUGGAAAAGCACAUUCUCCAGAGCUAACUGCCAGUGCCAAUAAAAGGUCUGUUUUGUAUGUGUACAUUUUUUCGAGACUUAAAAAGUGCAUAAUUUAAAAGUAUUAAGUUGCCAUCUUAUAGUGAUAUGAAACCAUUUAUAAUUGCCAAUUCAUUGUGACUAUUAUUUAUUUAAGAAGUGAAAAUUUGUAAGAAUGCUUUCUGAUCAAACUAGAGUUCUUUUGAAGAAAUUACCGCUACCUUGCUUUUUUUGUUUUUUUAAACCUGACAUAGCAUAAGAGAGACCUUGGAUUUCUUUAGAAAAAAAAUUCUGCCAGUAGAUUCAGCACCAUUCUAACACUUUACCCCCUCUCUCAGUAGAGUAGUUUGCCUGGUUUAAAGACAACUUUACAGAUAUUUUAGUUUUUGUAUGCUAACCUCUAUUAAUUAAAAUGUUUAUGGAGUUUAUUUUUACCAAAGAGAUGCAAUUCAUUAUGAUAAAAGUAUUUCAAAAUAAACUUUGUUUUAUAACA